AUGAACCAUUUCUAUCUGUGUCCCUUUAUACUGAUCAUUGCUCGCUGCAUACGGCCACAGGACAUCCGACUGACCACGUCAAAUCCGCAAGUCCUAUCAGGCGUCGUGACCAAGUACACCUGUUCGGCGCCCUUUUCAGCCGAUCCUAGUUUCCGAUGGUACGUUGACAACGAGCACGUGAACACCACCGCUGCUUCGGCCCUGUCCAUCCAGGUAAGCGGCCUCAGUGUGGAACGUACCCUGGAUACCGAAGCGCUCGCCUACAGCGUCCUUGAGAUCCGCGCCUACCAGCCAAAGACAGGCAUCGUCACCUGCUCGGUCUUCAUCAGAGGCACCGGCCUCACGGUCUCGUCCGCUUACGUGGUCACCUCCGAAGAUGACUUGCUGCACGCGUCUUACAACUCGUCCUGCACCCGAGACACUGUUUGCGUGGACGGCAACUCGAGCUGCUCUGUCGACCUCAGGACCCGAGUGUCCAAGUGUCUUUGCAAGAGAGGCUACCGCCACUACUCUCAGCUGCGGGCUAACUGCGCCGCGCACUAUGGUGGCAUCGGCUCGCCCUGUUCUAGCAACCAGGACUGCCUGGAGUGGGACAGAAACGCGCACUGUCACAACCGGAGGUGCUCCUGCAAGUCGCCUUUCAGCAACGAGUACCGGAUCGGCAAGUGCAUCAAGGAAGUCAGUCUCUUUGGCGCCUGUAGCGGCGAGUUUAUGUGCCUCGUGGAGCAUUCGUACUGCGCCAACCACACGUGCCAGUGUUUCCCAGGACGUGUGUACGACGGGAACAAGUGCUCGCUACUCAGGGAAGGCGAGGGUCUGAACUUUAAGAAGCUCUUCCUUAUUGGUUUGGUGAUCUUCAGCGCAAUUACCCUGCUACCCAUGGUUAUCAUGGCGACGAUAAGAGCCGUCUUCACGCUCAUGCCACUUCAUCAAGGAUCACGUGGGAGGAGACGGCGAAUCAUAAUAAGGUUGUUGUAA